AUGUCUCAGGGUACAUUAUAUGCUAACUUCAGAAUCAGAACUUGGGUUCCUAGGGGCCUUGUCAGGGCUUUGAAGCUGGAUGUCAACGUUGUUGCGCCAGACAGUGCUGCGGAGCAGUUUGCGAGGGACUUCCCAUUGAAGAAGGUGCCUGCCUUUGUUGGUCCAAGGGGCUAUAAGCUGACCGAGGCCAUGGCCAUCAACUACUACUUGGUCAAGCUUUCGAAGGACGAAAAGGUGAAGACCCAGCUAUUGGGUGCUGAGGAUGAUUUGAACGCUCAAGCGCAGAUCAUCAGAUGGCAAUCGCUGGCUAACAACGACUUCUGCAUCCAGAUGGUCAACGCUGUUGCCCCUUUGAAGGGUGACGUCCCUUACAACAAGAAGAACGUCGACGGGGCCAUGGACGCCAUUGGCAAGAUCGUGGAGGUCUUCGACGCUAGAUUGAGGGACAACGCCUACUUGGCCACCGAGAGUAUCUCUUUGGCUGACUUAGUCGCCGCUUCCAUCUUCACCAGAUACUUCGAAAAUCUCUUCGGUCCCGAAUGGAGGGCUCAACAUCCAGCCAUUGUCAGAUGGUUCAACGACGUUAGAGCUUCUUUCUUCUUGAAAGACGAAUACAAGGAUUUCCAGUUCACGGAAAAGCCACUGGCUCCUCCACAAGAGAAGAAGGAGUUCAAGCCAGCCACUACCGAGCUUGAAGCCUUUAAUAGAAGACUAAGGCACCCAUUGGACUUGUUGGAGGAGCCAACAUUCGUCUUGAAUGACUGGAAGGGAAAGUACUCUAACGAAGACACCAGAUCGGUUGCUUUGCCCUGGUUCUGGGAACAUUACAACUCGAAAGAAUACUCUCUGUGGAAAGUCACUUACAAGUACAAUGAUGAAUUGACCUUAACCUUCAUGUCCAACAACUUGGUCGGCGGUUUCUUCAACAGACUGAGUUCCUCCAUAAAGUACAUGUUCGGUUGUCUAGUCGUCUAUGGUGAAAACAACAACAACGGCAUUGUCGGUGCCAUCAUGGUUAAGGGCCAAGACUACGUCCCAGCCUUCGAAGUCGCUCCGGACUGGGAAUCUUACGAUUACGUCAAGUUGGACCCAAACAAUGACGACGACAAAGAGUUCGUCAACAACAUGUGGGCUUGGGACAAGCCAGUUUCCGUCAACGGUGAACCAAAGGAAAUUGUUGACGGUAAGGUGUUGAAGUAA